GCCCCCGAGCGACAAAUCCAGUCGAGGUCGAAGACUCCGCGGGUGGGCGUGCCGCUGCGAGUCAAGUGUCCUCAGUCAUCCAUCGUCUCACAAUUCGGUCAAUCUGAUCCGAACGACCCGCAGGCUCUUGUUCGUUAAUACUGUAAAUGGAUAUGGACGUAAACAUGCUGUUUUUGACGUUACUGAUGUGUUACAAUCCGUAUGUUUUUGGACUGUUUGAGGAUAUUAAUAUUGAGGAGGAUCUUUCUCCCGACUUUGAUUUGGAUAUUUCUCCCCGUAGAGUGCCUCGCCAGGUGAAAUCCAUGCUUACUAAGGAGAACAAACCGCAUAUCCAGGAGCUGUCGGUGAAGACCACCAUUAUCUCCCGAUACGCCUUCACCGCGGUGUCGUGCACCAUGCUCAACCGGCACUCCGCGGCCGCCGAGGGCGUCUUCCAGUUCCUGAUUCCCAAGAACGCCUAUGUCUCGAACUUUACCAUGAUCAUUGGGGGGCGUGUCUACCCCAGUGAGGUCAGGCCCAAGGAGAAGAAGGUCAAACAGGGGAAGGGGGGUGAGGCCAAACCCAAGAACAAGGAGAAAGGUGAACAGAGUAGCGAACCAGAGGUGGAGGUGUUCAGGAUGGGGGCCAGUAUCCCAGGUCGUAACCGGGCCAUGUUCAUGCUGACCUAUGAGGAGCUGCUCCAGCGGAGGCUGGGGAGGUAUGAGCAUGUGACCAGCCUGAGACCCUUGCAGCUGGUCAGCCGUCUCAGUGUGGACGUCACCAUUGUGGAUCACUCCACCAUCACCCACCUCGAGGUGCUGCCACUGCGCAACGGCAAGAGCAACACGGCAGUAGCCAGUGGUGCCAGUGCAGCGAAGACACCUGCCAAGCCUGCUCUUCCCGUUUCCACGGUGAUCAAACAAAAUAAGACGUUCUGUAGGAUCACCUUCAGCCCCAACAUCGUUCAGCAGGCUAAGAUCACCACCAGUGGCAUGCUGGGAGAGUUUGUGGUGCACUAUGACGUGGAGAGAGAGCUGGGGAUAGGAGACAUACAGGUUCUGAACGGCCAUUUUGUGCACUACUUCGCCCCAAAGGAUCUGCCGGUGGUGCCAAAGAACGUGGUGUUCGUGAUCGACACCAGCGCCUCUAUGCUGGGCACCAAGAUCAGACAGACUAAGGAUGCCCUGUUCACUAUCCUGAGGGACCUGCGUCCAGGCGACCGGUUUAACUUUGUCAGCUUCUCUAACCGUAUCAAGGUGUGGCAGCCCAACCGCCUGGUCCCCGUCACGCCUCUCAAUGUCCGAGACGCCAAGAAGUUCAUCUAUAUGCUCCAACCCACUGGAGGCACCGACAUCAACGGUGGCAUACAGACGGGCUCCUCAUUGCUAAGCGGCUAUCUGAACGCAGAUCCAGACGCCAACCACCACAGUGUGUCUCUCAUCAUCUUCCUGACAGACGGGCGGCCCACGGUGGGCGAGCUGCAGUCUCCCAGCAUCCUCAGCAACGCGCGGACGGCGGUGAAGGAGCAGUUCUGCGUGUUCACCAUUGGGAUGGGGAACGAUGUGGACUACAGGCUUCUGGAACGCAUGGCCCUGGAAAACUGUGGGAUGAUGAGGAGGAUACAUGAGGAUUCAGAUGCCAGCACCAUGCUCAAAGGGUUUUAUGAUGAGAUAGGCACUCCACUGCUCUCUGACAUCAGGGUGAAUUACACAGAGGACUCGGUCCAGUACGUCACCCAGCACCUCUUCACCAACUAUUUCAACGGCUCAGAGAUCGUCAUCGCCGGCAAAUUGACCAAUCAAAGUGCAGACUCCAUGCACGUCCAGGUCACCGCCAGCAACAGCGACAAGAGCAUCGUCCUGGAGACAGACGUGGCGUUACGGCAAAGGGAGGUGGAGACGGAGAGGCACGUGAAGGAGGCGGCGGCCGGGGUGGGGUCAGGGGACACAGGGGCGGGCACGACAGGGUCAGUAGCGGAUGAUUUCGUGGAGCGCGUAUGGGGUUUCCUGAGUGUGAAGGAGGGGCUGAGGUCCAGGCUGAAGAGCCAGACCAGCAGGGAGAGAGAGGGACAUACCCAGCAGGCAACUAACCUCUCCCUGACCUAUCACUUCCUCACGCCCCUCACCUCCCUCGUGGUGGAAAAACCUCAGGUGCUGGCCGAUGGAACCAUGGCCGAGGACACACCCACCCCCACCCCUGUAACCACAGAGACAAAUAAGAAGGCUGCUUCAGCCAAUGAGCUGUCGGAUGAGACGGAAGGGGAGGAAGACACGGCCCAGAGCCUGCACUUGAAGAAAGACCAGCCGGGCGGACAGAGUUCCAGAAUUACCAAGACAACGGGUAAAGUUGUGAAGAGGCCUGUCCAAAAAUCUAUAACCAUCUCCAAAACAUCAGCGGACGGCGAUCCCCACUUUGUGGUUGAGUUCCCCCUCAGUAAACUGACUGUGUGUUUCAACAUCAACGGAGAGCCAGGACACAUUCUCAGAAUGGUAUCUGACCACAAGCACUCUGGUGUGACAGUAAACGGUAAGCUGAUAGGCGCCCCGGCGCCAGCGGGCAGCCACAAACAGCAGAGGACAUACUUCAGCACCAUUACCAUUGUGGUGAACCGACCCAAACGUUCCUACAUCGAGGUCACCCCCAAGAAGGUCAUCCUGGAUGGACAGGACCGCCUGGUCCUGUCCUGCGACACCACAGUCUCCGUGGAGAGUGGCGCGCUUGUGGUGACGAUAGUGGGAAAGUCCACCGUGACCGUAACCAUAGGAGGAACCAUUUGUUUCGUCAUACUGGUGCAUCAGUACAAGAACCCUGCUCCCUAUCAGAGAAACCACCUGGGAUUUUACAUCUCCAACAGCAAAGGGCUGUCACAUGACUGUCAUGGACUACUGGGUCAGUUCCUGUAUGAGGAAGUGGGACUCGCAGAGCUUUCUGGCAAUGCUACAGCAACAGGAGACCACAGCACAUCUUUACGGUCACCCAUCCUGAAGGUCAAAGGGCGUUCAGUGCCGGUGGUCCAGAAGACCCGGCGUAUUUACAGCGGACGUCAGAGCGUGGACUGCUGGUUCGCCAGGAACAACGCAGCCAAGCUGAUCGACGGACAGUAUGAGGACUAUGUGGUGUCUCACCUGUUUGACACGGGCGAUUGGCCCCGUGGAAGUAACGGAGCCUGAAAAGGGAGCCAGUAAGGAGCCAGCAAUGUACAUGUCCCACCCACACUGGAACAAUAACCCAGGUACAUCUAUAGUAGCCAACAAGCUCUUCUCAUAUCCUCUGACACUAAACCUCUAAAUCAUCUUUCUUUUUGCCCCACAUACUCACACUCCAAACACUACUCUACUACCCAUAGAGUUAGAGGACUCAUCUUUGUAACUGUGCCAUAUAGCGUCUGUGACAUCAUGGGCAGUGUCAUUGAGUUUAUCUCCAUUUUAAAGUAGUCAAUUUUCUUCUUCACAAUUGGCUGAUCCCUCCUGAUGACCUAGUAAGACAUGACUCCAACUGGGUCACCAGGAGAGAUCAGCCAAUGAAGUUGGAAGUCCCACCCAGUUGACUACAUUAAAAUGGUUGAAGCCCUCAAUAGCACAGCCCAUGUUAAUACGGCCUUUUGGCCACUAGAGGCCUCUAUCAUUCUCUAUGCUACUACCACAACCAACCCACUUCGUAUUGCCUGCUUCCUGUUGUUCUUCAGUUUUUUCCUCAGGUGCACCUGCUCUGAAUAACCAACCAUCAAUAUAUUUUUUUACUAUUUUUAAUAUAAAUGUAAUAAGGACAUUGUUUGACUUGCAUAAUUUAUACUGUCAUUUUUUACUUGUAAAUAUAACCCUUAUUGAACCUGA